GAAGGGCUUAGUAAGCGACAUACGCUUUACUUCCUAUUGCUCUCAGCUCUCUCUAGCUCCCAUUCUCUCUGCGGUAUACGAGCCACCGCUACCGACGCCGGAUUCAGCACCGGUUGCGGCGCAGCGGGAACUAGUGGUUGUGAAAAAAUUACUACCUAUAUUCUGCUCAAGAUUAGAUGUCAAAAGAUGUGGAAAAUCCCAAAGAUGAAGAUUCCAGGGCAUCUUUGGAUGCUUCUUCCCUGUCACAGAGUUUUCAAUCAACUUGGUAUAGUGGCUUACUUGAGCAAGCAUCGGUUUAUGGCAUAGCUGCUGGGUACUGUCUUUCAGCAUCAUUGCUCUCCAUCAUUAACAAGUGGACCAUAAUGAAAUUUCCGUACCCGGGAGCACUAACUGCAUUGCAGUACUUCACAAGUGCAGCUGGAGUUCUUGUGUGCGGAUGGCUUAAUCUUAUCGAGCAUGAUAAACUUGAUCUUCUAACAAUGUGGAGGUUCCUACCUGCAGCAAUUAUAUUCUACCUGUCUCUUUUCACAAACAGUGAGCUUCUCCUCCACGCCAAUGUUGAUACAUUUAUUGUCUUCAGAUCAGCAGUCCCCAUCUUUGUUGCGAUAGGAGAGACCCUCUACUUGCACCAGCCGUGGCCAACAAUAAAAAUGUGGUUGUCACUUGGUACAAUUUUCGCUGGUAGCGUGCUCUAUGUCAGUACAGAUUACCAGUUCACUCUUACAGCUUAUAGCUGGGCCUUGGCCUAUUUAGUGAGCAUGUCUAUUGAUUUUGUUUACAUCAAGCACGUGGUUAUGACAAUUGGUCUAAACACAUGGGGUCUUGUGCUGUACAACAAUCUUGAGGCAUUGCUUCUCUUUCCUAUAGAGUUACUUAUAAUGGGUGAAUUGAAGAAGAUUAAACGUGAAAUUGACGACGAGUCUGAUUGGCAUAGCUUUCAAGUGGUGUUACCAGUAGCCCUGUCAUGUUUAUUUGGUUUAGCAAUAUCCUUCUUUGGAUUUUCUUGCCGUAGAACAAUCUCUGCAACAGGAUUUACUGUUCUUGGCAUUGUAAACAAACUUUUGACAGUGGUGAUAAAUCUAGUUAUAUGGGAUAAACACUCCAAACUUAUCGGAACACUGGGGCUGUUGAUCUGCAUGUCUGGUGGCAUUAUGUACCAGCAGUCCACAAGCAACAAGCCCAAGGCCAUGAAAGAUGUAAAUCCACAAGUAGCUGAUGAGGAGGAGCAACACAAGCUGCUUGAAAUGCAAAGCAACAUGCAGGGCAGUGACAAUCAGAAGCAAGGUACAUAAAUCGGGAGAUCGGAUACAAUAACUCAUUCUUGGAAUUUCUUCUCCAUUCUCUCAUUCAAUAUUCAAUUAUACGCUCCACAGAAACCUUGCUCUUAAUUUAAGUGCCAGGUGCGGUAACUUCCGGACCAUUUUACCAGGAAGCAACUCUUGAGAAUGGAAUUGCAGUUGUAGAGAAGUGAUUUAUUGUUUAUAUUCAAGGCUAGAAACUCAGCCGCCGCCUCCUACUGAUCAGGACAGCAUGUUAUGUUUAUUUCACAUAGUUUACAUUCCUCUUCAAGCAUACUUGUUGAGUCAGUGAAGUUUUUCCUCGUUGAAUAUUUGAAGUGUAAUAGAACUAUUCUUGAGAGGAAAAGACUGCAAGAGGGAAGGUUUUUGAACCAAGGUGAAGGGUGUUACCGCCUGUACGUUCAUAUCGGGCAACUUCAUAUAAGCUAUUGCAUUUUUUUGGGUGAA